GACCGCGGAAAGCUACUGCCGCUGGUGGCUGCUCUUUCGUUGCCGGUGUGAGUAGAAUUCUCUCCCCUUGUGCGCCGAGGUAAGGUUGAAUUGGGGUUCCCCGAGAGUGGGACAAGAACUGUUUAGCUAUAAUUAAACGCCAAUCAAUCACCCCCUGAUUACGGACGGAUGCAGCGCGUGUAACAUGAGUCUAUCAAGCCUAGAUGGGCCGUCUUUGUCAAUACAUUCGCGACGGUCUUGCCUAUGCGGGCAGCUAUUCUUCCACCCAGUACAGGUGGACUCGUCUCUAUAGCCAGACAGCACUGCAGCAAUGAAACCACUUUGUACACAUCGCUAUAUAUAUACCCGGGAAGAGAAAUGCAUGGUCAACCCCAAUGCGAACCAAGUUGUAAUAACCUACUGCAUGAAAAUAGGGGUAUGUGUAGGAAAUCAUAGUGUUCAUUUGUGCUGUGUGGAGCCACGUCAGCCUUUAUGUUGGGGUAGCAAGGGGAUGGUAGAUGUUAUAGGCCACUGUAAUGGCACACACAGGCAUUUUCUUAGCGCCAAACAGUGUCUCCAAGUCUAACAUAGUCUGUAUGCAGGCAGCUAAUUUCUGUAUCACGAGCUUACCUGCCAAUUGUCAUACUUGCCGAGGUUCUUUGUCCAUAAAAGGUCCUUGAGAAUGUCGUUACAAUACGGACAAAUCCAUAUUGGUUGGAGGCACUCCACCCUCUCUUCUCCUGGAAGGAUGGAUAUACAGUGUCUUGCCAUUGUGUUAGCUCUCUUACUAUCCACAGGAGUAGCAAAUGUGACUAUCCAACCGUUCAAUAGAAUACAGCCAUCAGAAUCUUCACCGAUAGUUUUUGCAAUUUUGAGAUGUGACAUAUUUACUAACUUCCAACUGAAUACCACAACAUCAGUAGAAUCACGGUGGAACAUAACUACGGGGGCAGAGGUCGAAUAUCCUGGAACCAGUGAUCAUAAAUAUGAGCUGAGCCAGGGGGAAAGUACUGAGAACGACUUGGAAACCCUGCUGGUUGUCCGUAACCUCCAAUACAGUGAUGCUGGUGUGUACACUUGUAGAGCCAGAGACAAUCGUGACCCUUCAAACCGUGGGCCAUGGGUAGAAGCACAAGUUCAUCUUCAACUUCUGGUGGAAUUGGCUUCUAUUGAAACGGAGAUCUCUACAUUUGACAAUGCAACUGGAGUGUCCCUGAGCUGUGAGAUGUCCCUGUACCUGAGACCUGAUGAAGACCUCCAGUGGUUCAGAGAUGGACAGUCCAUAACCAGCGGCUCUGGGAGACACUCUAUCACCUACACUGAUGGGAGUGGCGAGGGGCAGUUUGGAGAGAACGCAAUAGGAUCUAGUCGGAUAUCGACUCUGGUUAUUUCACAGCCUCAGACAACAGACUCUGGGACCUACACCUGUGCCAUCAGAAAUACCCAACACUCCCAGAACAUUGGGCUGGCUGUGGAGAGCAGUGGUGACCGUAAGACAUCACUUCCUGGUAGUCCUGAAACACCAUCCGCAACACCAACACCAGCAACACCAUCUGCUUCAAUGUCUACACAAUCGACAACAUCAUCCGAUGCGUUUCUGUACAUUGGCAGUGGAGUAGCACUGUUCAUAAUAGUGAUGGUACUGACAGCCACAGUGCUCUGUAUUGCUGUCAUGCUCUUCAAGAAGAAAGGUAAAGCAAAGAAGCCAGCUGCUGUUGAUCCUCCCGAGAAGGAACAAGCAGUCAUCAUGACUGAGACCAAUGUAGCCUAUGAAAGAAAACCGGAGCUCAUAAAAGGUGAAGCAAAGUACCCAGCUGCUGGUGAUGAUCCUGUGUAUGAGUAUAUUCCAGAGGAUUCCAGAGCAGACAUUGUCAUGCUCGAGGCCAACGUAGCCUAUGACAGAAAACCAGGGGAAAGACAGCACGUCAGGACAGGCAUCACGACAGAAGCCAACGUAGCCUAUGACUGGAAACCAGAAGACUCCAGGGCAGCCAUAAUGCUAGAGGCCAACGUAGCCUAUGAGACAAAACCAGACGGAAGACAAGACUCCAGGGCAGACAUCAUGACAGAAACCAACGUAGCCUACGACAGAAAACCAGACUUCAAAAAAGGUGAAGUAAAGAAGCCAGCUUCUGUUGAUCAUGAGUACGAGUUUAUUAGAGAAGACUCCAGGACAGCCAUCAUGACUGACGCCAACCCAGCUUACGACUGAAAACCAGGAUAAUGCACUAUACUAGACAAAUAUUGUCUUAUAAUUUUGCUCUCAUAUAGCAUUCUUUUGCAUGGUGUAUAAUGUUUGUAUAAACCUUUAAUAGUGAUUUUGGUACAAGCAUAAGAUAGGAUCUACAGACACAUAAAUCAAGCUUGUUUAUGGUGACAUGACACAGAGUGUGAUUUCAACGAAAGUAUGGGAUGACUGUAAACAUUAAAUCAUAAUAAGAGGUUUCCUAUUGGUGAGUAUCUAUACAGACACAUAGCUAAAUCAAGCUUGUUUAUGGUGACAUGACACAGAGUGUGAUUUCAAUGAAAGUAUGGGAUGAUGAAUGUUACCUAAUAAGAGGUUUCCUAUUGGUGAGUAUCAUAUGCAUGUUUUGAACAUUUCGUUGACUUCCUGAAAGGUGGCGCGGUGGUGCAAGUCAAUGGCCCAGCACUGUUGCAUGAUCUGGUACACCGCUUGAGGACAACCAUUCGGCCUUGUUGGGGGGCAAAAGUGCUCCGUUUGCAAUGCAUUGUGGAUUACUUCUUCAUCGGAGAGGUGAGGGUACGGCAGCUGCUUGGCCAGAGUGAACAUCUCCCACAUGGUCACACCAAAUGCCCACACGUCUG